GAAACCCUGGCCGCCUUGUUCUUCCCUUCUGUGUGUUGUGUGUGAGGCUUUGUGAAGAGAGUUCUCUCUUGUGAGUAUUUUGCCUUUGGCCAAGUUUAAGUGUUUUUUUGUCAAGUGUAAUAGUAGCCUCCCCGAGGGAGGAGCGCGCCUGUGGAGCUCGAGAGGGCGAAGCUCCAGAGGUCCAUUUGGGAUCGAGAGGGCCGAGCUGAGCUCCUAGAGCUGCGAGGCUGCCGCUCCGGGCUUGUGCUCCGGAUUGCCAACUUUGAGUCGGGUCGAGUGUUGGAUCCUCGCGGUGCCGCUGCGACUAGGUUUUGUGGCUCUGUGUCGGUGGAUUGGAGCAGCGGCUGAGCUUUCCAGGCCUCGAGCUCGCGACUACAAGGUUAGCAGAAGAAGAUGAAGGACACCAAGUCGAAGAAGGCCGCGGCAGCCGAUGCCAAGGCCCAGAAGAAGGCUGAGAAAGAGAAGGCUAUAGAGAAGAAGCUUGCCGCAAAGAAGGACAAGGAAAUGAAGAAGCAGAAGAAGGACAAGAAGAAGAACGCGGCUGAUCCCAAUCAGCCAAAGCGGCCAGCCACGGCCUUCUUCGUCUUCCUGGAGGAGUAUCGCAAGACUUUUAAAGACAAGCAUCCCAACAUCAAAGGAGUUGCAGCUGUUGGCAAGGCCGGAGGUGAUGCAUGGAAACGGCUCACUGAAGAGGAGAAAAAACCUUACCACGACAAAGCUGCGCAGAAGAAAGCCGACUAUGAGAAAACACUGACCGAGUACAAGAAAAAACAGGAAGAAGAUGCCAAGAACGAGAAAGAAAACGGCAAGGACGACGAUGAGGAGAUGCAGAGUGAAGAGGAAGAGGAGGAAGACGAUGAGUGAAGGAAGAAAGAACUGUGUGCGUUCUAACUAUGACCCAUUUCUCUUUUAUUUGUAUUGUGUACAUUUCCAAGCAUUAAAGUGGGUUUGUAUUAAGUAUUUUAUGCUAUAAAAAUAUAAACGACUAGGCUUUAAGCC